UCUCCAUCUCUAUCUAUCUUAUAUUUCCUCCCUAUUAUCACACAUCCUCUCUCUCACACUCCCUCCCAUUGUCACCCUUCUUCCCUCUCUCUUCGUCUUACACAUCGUUUGACUGUUGUUUGUUAUAUAUCGCCUGGGUUGGAUGGAAUUCAAUCCGGGUUUUUGUUGUUCAGAAAUUUUAGGCCGUAUUACGGUGAAAAAUCAGGUCUUUGUGUAAUCUAGUAUCGAGAUAAUCAAUGGCUCCGAAGACAAGCAAGGGAAAAUUGCACAAGGCCAAGGGAGAGAAGAAGAAGAGGGAAGAGAAAGUUUUGCCGGCUGUCAUUGAGAUCACCGUCGAAACACCCGACGAUUCUCAAGUGACCCUCAAGGGUAUUUCCACGGACAGGAUCUUAGAUGUGAGAAAGCUACUAGCGGUCCAUUUCCAGACAUGCCACUUGACCAACUACUCUCUCUCCCAUGAGGUGCGUGGCCCUAGACUCAAGGAUUCCGUUGACAUCGUCUCGCUCAAGCCCUGCCACCUCACCAUCGUCGAUGAGGACUAUACGGAAGAUCAGUCCACCGCGCACGUACGGCGGCUCCUCGACAUCGUCGCCUGCACCACCGCCUUCGGUUCGUCCAAAACGACGGCUAUUCGUUCCUCCGGCCAGAAAGAAUCGAGUUCGAUCGACGGAGAUGCCCCGGCGGCCGCCGACAAGAAUGCCUUCUCCGGCGGGCAGGCGGCGGAAGGCGCGGACAAGGGUGACGUAUCCAUGUGCCCUCCUCCUCGUCUCGGCCAGUUCUACGAUUUCUUCUCCUUCUCCCACCUCACCCCUCCUAUCCAAUAUAUCCGAAGGUCAGUUCGUCCAUCUGUCGAGGAUAAAAACCUAGAAGACUUCUUUCAAAUCGAUGUUAAAGUUUCGAGUGGGAAGCCCAUCGCGGUUGUGGCCUCAAGGAAAGGUUUUUACCCUGCAGGGAAACAACAAUUUCUGAGUCACUCUUUGGUUGAUUUGCUGCAGCAGAUAAGCAGGCCCUUUGAUGCAGCUUAUGAAGCUCUGAUGAAAGCUUUCACUGAGCACAAUAAAUUUGGCAACCUUCCGUAUGGUUUUCGGGCAAACACUUGGGUUGUUCCUCCGGUUGUUGCUGAUAACCCGACUGCUUUUCCGUCACUUCCAGUGGAAGAUGAAACCUGGGGAGGGAAUGGCGGAGGGAUGGGAUGGGAUGGUAAGUUUGAUGGCAGAGAGUGGGCAAGGGAGUUUGCGAUUUUGGCAGCAAUGCCUUGUAAAACAGCGGAAGAGAGACAGGUCCGAGACAGAAAGGCAUUCCUACUGCACAGUCUAUUUGUCGACGUUUCAGUUUUUAAAGCAGUGGCAGCAAUCAAUAACAUAGUCGAGAGUAAUCAGCACUUGAAGGAUUCAGCAGCAUCAAGUUUUCAUGAAGAAAAAGUGGGUGAUUUAAUCAUAAGGGUGACAAGAGAUAUUCCCGAUGCUAGUGCAAAGGUGGACCGAAAGAAUGACGGGACUCAGGUUCUUGAGAUGUCCCUGGAAGAGCUUGCUCGAAGGAAUUUGCUUAAAGGGAUCACUGCUGAUGAGAGUGCAACAGUUCAUGAUACGUCUACCUUGGGGGUUGUGGUUGUCAGACAUUGUGGCCAUACAGCCAUUGUGAAGGUUUCUGCUGAACUGAACUGGGAUGGUGGCCCAAUACCACAGGACCUUGACAUCGGAGAUCAACCAGAAGGAGGUGCAAAUGCAUUGAAUGUAAAUAGCUUGAGAGUGCUACUGCACAAAUCUUCGACUCCUCAAUCCUCUUGUGUUGCUCAGAGAUCGCAAAAUGCAGAGUCUGAACAGAUGCGUGCAGCUAGGUCCCUUGUGCGGAAGUUAUUAGAGGAUAGUCUACAGAAAUUAGAAGGUGAAUCCUCGAAAAACGUCAAGCCUAUAAGGUGGGAACUAGGAGCUUGUUGGGUGCAACACCUGCAAAAUCAAGCUUCAAGUAAAAAUGACUCUAAGAAAACUGAAGAUGCUAAGCCUGAACCACCAGUAAAGGGUCUUGGAAAACAGAGCGCACUGCUGAAGGAGAUAAAGAAGAAAAUUGAUGUGAAAAGCUGCAAAACUGAACAGGGCAAGGAGGCUCCUGCUAGUACGCUUGACACCAACAAGUCAGAAGUUGUGGAUCGGAAAGAACUUGAGAAGCAAAAUGAGGAGAUGGAAAAGUUGUGGAAACAACUGGUGACAGAAGCUGCUUAUUUGCGCAUUAAAGAAUCAGAAACUGGUUUCCAUCUCAAGUCACCUGAUGAGCUGACAGAACUGGCCCACAAAUACUAUGCCGACACUGCUCUUCCCGAGCAGGUGGCUGAUUUUGGAUCUCUUGAACUCUCACCAGUGGAUGGUAGAACUCUGACUGAUUUUAUGCACACCAGAGGUUUGCAAAUGCAUUCCUUGGGAAAAGUGGUUGAGCUGGCUGAAAAACUCCCUCAUGUGCAAUCUCUCUGUAUUCAUGAAAUGGUAGUUCGGGCAUAUAAGCAUAUACUUCAGGCUGUUGUAGCUGCUGUCGAUAACAUUGCUGAUUUGGCCGCUUCAAUAGCUUCAUGCUUAAAUGUCCUGUUGGGUACACCGUUGGAUCUUGAAACUGAAUAUGAUGACAAGUUAAAGUGGAAGUGGGUGCAAACUUUCAUUUCAAAGAGGUUUGCGUGGGAGUGGAAUAACGAAAGCUGCCGGGAUUUGAGAAAAUUCGCCAUUCUUAGAGGGCUGUCACACAAGGUUGGAAUGGAGCUUGUUCCAAAAGACUACGAGAUGGACACCUCAAAUCCUUUCAAAAAGUCAGAUAUUAUCAGUAUGAUUCCUGUGUAUAAGCAUGUCGCGUGUUCCUCUGCUGAUGGACGUACUUUGUUGGAGUCCUCCAAAACUUCCUUAGAUAAAGGCAAGCUGGAGGAUGCUGUCAAUUACGGCACUAAGGCAUUGGCAAAGCUUGUGGCUGUUUGUGGCCCUUAUCAUAGAAUGACUGCUGGAGCAUAUAGUCUUCUCGCUGUCGUGUUGUAUCAUACCGGGGACUUUAACCAGGCAACGAUUUAUCAGCAGAAAGCACUUGAUAUAAAUGAAAGGGAGCUCGGACUUGAUCACCCAGACACGAUGAAAAGCUACGGUGACCUGGCAGUCUUCUAUUACCGUCUUCAGCACACAGAGUUAGCCUUGAAGUAUGUCAAUCGUGCACUGUACCUUCUGCAUCUUACAUGUGGACCAUCACACCCAAACACAGCUGCCACUUAUAUCAAUGUAGCAAUGAUGGAAGAAGGUCUAGGAAACGUCCACGUGGCUCUGAGGUACCUUCAUGAAGCGCUGAAAUGUAACCAGAGACUACUUGGAGCUGAUCAUAUCCAGACCGCAGCGAGCUACCAUGCCAUUGCAAUUGCUCUCUCUCUGAUGGAAGCAUACUCCUUAAGCGUCCAACACGAGCAAACCACUCUACAGAUCCUGCAAGCAAAACUAGGAACCGAGGAUCUACGGACCCAGGAUGCUGCUGCGUGGCUCGAGUAUUUUGAGUCCAAAGCUCUCGAACAGCAAGAAGCUGCACGUAAUGGUACUCCAAAGCCAGACGCCUCAAUCUCCAGCAAAGGCCAUUUAAGUGUAUCAGACCUGUUGGAUUAUAUAACUCCAGAUUCUGAUGUUAAAGCAAGAGAUGCCCAGAGGAAAGCUCGCGCGAAGGUCAAGGCAAGACCAGGGCAGAGUCCAGGGGUGGUGUCAGAAGAAAAUCAGAAAGAUGAUGAGACUCUGCCUCCGGCGCAUCUUGCUGGGGAGAGUUCAAGUGACAAAGAGAACAAAUCUGAAGCAAAAUCAGAAGAAACAAAGGCUGAUAAACUUGAUCUAGAACCUCAAGAUCAGCUGAUACUGAUUAAACCUGAGGCUGUAGCCCAAGAUGAUGAUAACUCUGAUGAAGGCUGGCAAGAAGCUGUCCCAAAAGGUCGCUAUCCUGCUGGGCGUAGAACCUCGGGCACCAGAAGACCGAGUCUAGCAAAGCUGAACACAAACUUCAUGAACGUGACUCAGCAAACACUAAGAAACAGAGAAAAACCCACCAAUUUCACAUCCCCAAGGACUAGUCCAAGUGAGCCUUCAACUUCUGUUGGUGGGUCCACUUCUCCAGCCUCUAAGAAUUUUGGCAAGAGCGCUAGUUUGAACAGAAAGCUUAACAGUUCAAAUGUAGGAGGAGAAAGACCAGUCAAUGUUAGCUCGCCCCUGCCAAGCCCUGCUUCCACCAACCAAAUUGGCAAACCAGCUCCAAUGGCGAGUCCUGUGAGUGUCAAGGCUGUAGGGAAGUUGUUUUCCUAUAAGGAGGUUGCAUUGGCACAGCCAGGAACCAUAGUGAAGGCAGUUGCUGAACAGUCACCGGAGGCAGCAGCUGCUCCGAACUUUUUGGGCACAGGGAGAGUAGGAGGAGAAGAUGGCUCGGAAGAAGUUAAGGUUGAGAAAGCUGAGAAAAAAGAAACAGAAGCGAAAAUUUCUGUUACUGAUGAGCAGAGAAGCCUUACUGGUGGAUCAGAGUUGAGGAAUUCAUCAGAGGAAAUCAAGAUCGCUGAUCAAGAAAAUGCAGAAAGAGAAGCUGUUCCAACAGAAACAACACCUGCUGCCACUAGACAAGGAGAAUCUAAUAGUGUAGAAUUAGCGGCUGAGAAUUCUGGUGCUGCUGAGGAUGUGAAUACCAUUCCACCAGAGAAGAUGCAGGAAGCGAAAGACUUAGGUAGCAGGGGAGCAUCAGUUGCAGUGGAGCUGCAAAACGAUGUCUCUGGUGCUCAAUUGAAAGCUGUAGAUGGAGAAACAGACAAUCUGUGCAAUGAAGAAACAAGUCCUGCUGGGGGAGAAAAGAAAAAUGUUUCUGAGUCCGGAAAAGAGAUUGGUAAAAGGCUAUCUGCUUCUGCACCACCAUACAACCCGUCAACCAUUCCGAUUUUUGGGUCAGUUCCAGUUCCAGGAUUCAAAGACCACGGGGGAAUUCUUCCCUCCCCAUUGAAUAUGCCACCAAUGCUUCCAGUUAACCAUGUUCGAAGAACAACUCCUCAUCAAUCUGCAACAGCUAGGGUUCCCUACGGUCCCAGGCUCUCUGGUGGUGGCUACAACCGUUCUGGGAAUCGAGUUCUGCGUAAUAAACCCGGCUUUCAUGGCAACACUGAGUCCAACAGCGAUAUCAGUGCACCAAGAGUGAUGAACCCACAUGCGGCUGAGUUUGUACCGGGCCAGCCCUGGAUUUCUACGAACGGAUACUCGCCUUCUCUCAAUGGUUCGAUGAACGGGUAUUCUGCCCCUCAAAUGGCAGGUGGGUAUCCAGCAUCACCAUGUAAUAUCCCCACAGUGCAGACACAGAACGAACUUAUUCCAAAUCAACCUCAGUCGGAAGAGAAGAAAACGACUGAAUCUGGAGAGGAUCAAGGGCAGAAACCUACAGAAGAAUCAGAGAUUGAACGACUUGUCAUUCAAGACACCUUAGAGACAUCUGAAAAUGGGCAUUCUUCGGUGGUGGGAGGAGAGAAGAUCGCGGAAAAGGAAAAGUCAGUGGAGGAAAAUGGCGAAGAAGCAGGAGAGAGAGAGGAAAGUCAUGGGGGAGAUUACAGUGACAACGAAGAAGCUGACGUUACAGGUUGAAGAAAGAUUUGACUGUUGUGAAGUAACAGCGUUUGACAAGACAAAGCCCAGUUUGUUUGUGGAUGCGCAAAGAGUCCUCAGAGAGAAAUGGUGAAAAAGUUGGCCGCUUUUAAGAGUCGAAGAGAGGCGACCGCACAAUCAGUGUCGUUCCUUCUCUAUUCCUUUUUUUUUUUUUUUUUUUUAAGCGGAUGAGACACUGAUCAGUUCCCCAAUCAAGAAACUACUGAUAAGUUUUUUACUUUUAACAUGAGUUUCUCUUCUUCUGCAAUUUGAGGGAUUCGUGCUUUUUUUUUUCA